AAAAACAGAAAGUUGCCCAUCGCUUGGAGGCUGUUAUUGCACCCUAGGGACUGCAGGUCCAAGGAACAGGAGAGAACGAAUCUCGGCUUUCUGUCCGGCUGCAUUUACUGAUUGGUGCUCUCAGAGGCAGAUGGCUUGUGCUCUGUAAGCACUCAUUGCUGCUGAAGUAUUAGUUACCUGCUCGCAGAGAGAUUGUCAGUUCAGCUCAGUCCUCCAGCCAAAUCUCCCAAAAUCCGUCUUGAAGAUGCCUGGGAAAUGAAGCCAGACAAAUUCUGCUGGACUUUGUGAAAGUGGUGUGGAGACCAUGUCAAGAGGAGGCUAGUAGACCCUGGUGCCAUGGAGCUUCCCAGUUACAGCAAGCAGCUGCUGCAGCAGCUGUACGCUCUCUGCAAAGAGGAACAGUUCUGUGAUUGCACCAUCUUCAUUGGGAAUGUUCAUUUUAGAGCACACAAGGUGGUUUUGGCUGCUGCCAGCCUGCUUUUUAAAUCCCUGUUGGACAGCACAGACACCAUCUCCAUCGAUGCUUCUGUGGUGACCCCCGAGGAGUUUGCGCUCUUGCUGGAGAUGAUAUACAGUGGCAAACUCCCACUGGGGAAACACAAUUUCACCAAAGCUAUCUCCGUGGCAGAUAGUCUUCAGAUGUUUGAUGUGGCUGUUAGUUGCAAAAACCUCCUCAGGGACCUCAUCAGCUGUUCUACUCAGGGCCAGGUAGUAAGAGAAGUCUCCAGCCAGGCAGCAGACUCAUCUGGAAACCGUGCUGAAGCUAAUAACCUGCCCCAGUCUGAAAAACCUGGUGAAGGAGAAACAGAUGAUAUCCUCCCUCGGAGAGUUUCCCCUUUUCCUGGUGCUGUAGAAGCAGAAGUAGAAGCAGGUGUUUCUCCUCCUGGCCACGGAUUUACUGUGAAUCACACCUGGGUUCAGCAGGACACGAUGUCAAGCGACUCCAGAUCCCUCCAGGAGGAUUCAGGCUCCCGUCCUGACCAGCCUUCCCAUGACGAGCAGGGUGGCUGUGUGGAAGAGGAGCUUGCUGAGUCUCCAGAGGAGAAAGGAGUCAAGGAUUUAGAAGCAGAGAGCAAAAGCUGUAAACUGCAUUUCUUUCUUCAAUAUGAAAGUGUUUUCUCUGAGGCCCUUUCUGAUGCCCGAGCUGUGCUGAAAAGACUAGAAGAGUGCAGAGAAAUUGAUGCCUCUCAAAAGGAGGCUCUGGUUGCCUGUUUGGCAGAGGCAGGGGAACAGUCGGUGUUCAAGAGACUGCUGAGCAAAGUGAAGGAUGCUCAGACCCUGGAUGCUCAGACCCUCGUGUCUUUACUGAAGCUGUUUCAAGACGGAAAUCCCAAGCUGAGAGCAGCUUUGCUGGAGAGGGAAGAGGACAGUGGAGAAACCCUGCAGCAAACAGAGAGCACAGAUGAGGGAGAGACACUGACCGCUCGCUUGCUGGGACGCAGGGAGGAGCUGAUCCAGAGCGUGACACAGCUGAGUCCCAUCGUAGAGUUCCUGGAGGCAGCAGAAGAGGGAUUCCUGACUGACUCGGAGAAGCGGGUUGUUUUGGAUUGCUGUGAAGACAGCUCUCAGAGAGAAGCCGUGGACAAUCUGCUCAGGAAGGUGGAUGAAGAGAAAACCCUGAAAGCAGAAAGCUUGGUCAAACUUCUGGGGGCUGUGAAAGCAUCAUUCCCUGGCCUCCACCUUCUGCUAGACAACUUGGUGGCAACAGCAACCAUCUCUGACAGCAAAGCCAAAUGGAGCCCAGAGGAUUACGGAGCCAAACUGUUGAGACGAUACCGUGAAAACCUAGUGGAGCUCCUCACAGACACCCAGACACUGCUGCAGGGCAUCUCUGCUGCACAGAGCCUGGCUCCUGCUGAGAGAGAGGUGAUGGAGCAGGUUGUGAAGCGCGAAGGUGGCGGUUUCUCCUCGCUGGUGUGGGCAGCGCUGGAGGAGCGGACUCUGUCGGUCUCUGCUGUUUGGCAGCUGCUGCUGGCUCUGCGGGAACUGGCACCACUGAACCCGCUCAUGGAGGAGAUCCGAAAACAACCCGGUGCAGAGUUUUUCUUCCAAGCAGUGGCCACCAGCGAGAGCACAGCCAUCGAGAUCAUCCUGCGGCACAGCAAGCUGAUCUCAGAGGCCAUCCAGCAGAGAGGGGACCUGGAGGGCUUGGCUCCGGGUGAGGCAGGACUCACAGAAGCAGUAAAAGAGCUACUGAGUAUUUCUGCUCAGAAGGAAAGUUCAGAGGCCUCCUUGAAAGCAGCUCUGAGCACAGCCCAGGAGAAAUCUGUUCCAGCCAUCAAGAUCUGUCAGCUGCUGUGCAACGUCCAUGAGUCCUUCCCGGACCUGCAGCCAGUGAUGCAGGAGCUGGGGCAUGUGGGACUCUUGAUUGAGGGAAAUGGGGAGAAACCUGGGAUCAGGAAGUGGAAGGUGAACAGUGAAUCCCAAGUUGAAGCUCUGGACAAAGAUGAGGACAAGGCAGGAGGUGCCGGCGCCAAGGAACCAACGGAACCCCAAGAAAAAGCUUCUUCCAAGAAGAGUUUUGUUUGCAAAGCCUGUGAUAAGACCUUCCACUUCUACUGUCGCCUGAAGGUGCACAUGAAACGUUGUCGGGUGGCCAGAGGAAAGCAAAUGCAGUGUAAGGAGUGCAGUGAGGUCAAAUCAACAAAGAAGGAGCUGGAGAAGCAUCAGCUGGAGGUCCAUGGGGUGACGGGGAUGGCCAAGAAGAAGAAGAAGCGGCUCCCUGUGGCAUGCGACAUCUGUGGCCGAGAGUUUGCUCACGCCUCAGGGAUGCAGUACCACAAGCUGACAGAGCACUUUGAUGAGAAGCCCUUCUCCUGCAAGGAGUGCGGGGCCAAGUUCGCAGCCAACUCCACGCUGAAGAACCACCUGCGACUGCACACAGGGGACCGGCCCUUCAUGUGCAAGCACUGCCUGAUGACCUUCAUGCAGGCCUCGGCCCUUGCCUACCACACCAAAAAGAAGCACGCUGAGGGGAAGAUGUACGCCUGCCAGUACUGCCACGCCGUGUUCGCCCAGUCCAUCGAGCUGUCGCGCCACGUUCGCACUCACACGGGGGACAAACCGUACGUCUGCCGGGAGUGUGGGAAAGGCUUUCGCCAGGCCAACGGGCUCUCCAUCCACCUCCGGACCUUCCACAGCAUCGAAGAUCCCUACGACUGCAAGAAGUGUCGGAUGAGCUUUGCCACCCUGCAGGAGCACCGCAAGCACAUCCACGAAGCCCACUCCCGGGAGUACCACCCCUGCCCUACCUGCGCCAAAGUCUUCAGUGCCCCGUCACUCCUGGAGCGCCAUGUAGUGACCCAUGUCGGGGGGAAACCCUUCAGCUGUGACAUCUGUGACAAAGCUUACCAGCAGUUGUCGGGUUUAUGGUAUCACAACCGGACCCACCACCCUGAUGUCUUUGCAGCUCAGAACCACCGCUCCUCCAAGUUCUCCUCCCUGCAGUGCAGCUCCUGUGACAAAACCUUUUCCAGCACUGCUGCUCACCGAAAGCACGUCAAGGCAGAGCACACAGAUGUGAAGUUACACGAGUGUGAGAUGUGUAAGGAGCAAUUCCCUACGCUGACUCUCCUGCAGGUCCAUGUGAAGUGCAGGCACUCAGGCUCCCACCCGUUUUGCUGCUUGUACUGCUCAGCAUCCUUCCGCUUCCCAGGGGCCCUGCAGAACCAUGUCACCAGCGAGCACUUCAAGCAGAUGGAGAGCACCUUCACCUGUGAGCUCUGUGGGGAGCUCUUCCCCUCCAAGGGCGAGCUGGAGGGACACUACAGCACUGAGCAUCCCAAGGUGGUCUUCUCCCAAGCCACCACAGCCCAAAUUGUGCAGGUGAUUCAGACAUCGGAGCAAGGAGCAGCAGAGCACAUCAUCUCUUUUGAUGACACCCAACUCACUGGCUCCCAAGUCUUUGUGACAUUGCCUGAAUCCCAAGCGAGCCAAACAGGCUCCGAGCUGAUGGCAGUGACUAUGGAGGACUUGUUUGAUGACAAAGUCACUCUUAUUUGUGAAGAAACCAAGUGAAAGCGGUGGGUGCCUGUGCAUGGCACCUGGUAUCCACUAGACUCAUCUGGGAGCUGGACCUCAAUGUGCUGCUCCAGCAGGGAGUUUCAGGAGUUCUUUGGGAAAGCAACCCCGGGUAUGUGAUGCUGCAAAAGAAAUGGCAUGCAGCAGGCACAGCAUGGCCAAGGACAGGAGAGGUUUGUAGACAUUCACAAGGGCCUGGGAAGUCUCCUUGAGAGAGCAGCUGCCAGCUCAUGUGAAAUGGACCACUCAUCCCUCCCAGCUCAAGAGAAAUAAAGAAGCAGAGGAGAAGAUGGGAAUGGGGUGUGUUCACGUGUGUUCCUCCACUUCUGUGAACAGAGAUUAGUGCAGGAUGGAGUUGGGGUGGUAAGGGUAUGUGAAACCAAAGAAGGUUGAAAUUUUGAUGUGCUUGCAGGUAUCUGCUACUCUGUAGGGUGAGUAAGGGCUGCUUCGUUUUCUGUUGCUCUCCCCUGUACCUUUGUGCUGCCUGUUGUGCCAGCUGGAAAGGUCCUCCAGCACCGAGCUGACAUCUGGCCUCUCUGCUCAGACUUCUUGGGAGUUGUGCUAAAUGGCUUAAGAGCUGUUUAGGUAAUACCUUGUGUAGCACAGAUCUGAUCCCAUCCAUGUUUUUGCUGUGGCUCUGCGUUAUGAAGAGGGGUCACAGGCAGGUCUAUGUAUCCACAUCCCCUUUGCGAGCAAGCAGCCCAGAGAUCUCCCACCCCUCCUCUAAUUCACUGAGAACAGGCUGAAGCUGCCACAUCUGAGGAAGGAGAAGGAGCUGUGCCUGUGUGCCAGGGCCCCUCGUUACUGCUAUCAGUGGGUUGGCACUAAUGGAGGUAUUUCUGUCUGAGUGUGCAAUAGCUGCUGUGAGUGCACGUAGAUGUUCCCCGUGGCACGCAGGGCAUUGCUUUGUAAAAUGUGUUCACAUGCCUACUGUAAAGUUUGCUUCUCUGGUGCCAGCGUGAUGCAACAGCUUCACUGCAGUGCACUGACUGGCUCCUUUAAGGCUAAAUUUCAUAAAGCUUUUUAUCUGCAGUUUCCUAAAAUAUAAUCUGAUAAUUAAUGGUUUGCUGAAUCCAUUAUGAAGUGCAAUUAGAUAGAUGCAGGGUUCCUGUGGCUCUGAGGGGACUGGUAGCAUUUAUCUUCCUUUCCCUCAUGCCAAAAGGUUGAACUCUGCCACUGGGAUAUUUACAUACUGAGCAGCGAUCCCAGCACAUCUCGCAGCCUGAGACCCUGCAGCGAGCAGCACCCGUUUUAUCACACUACCCAGAGCCAUGGGAGUGCAGGAGAUGAACAGAUUGGAGUUUUCCAGCAGGAUCUUGUGCCGGCUGCUCACAGCCACCAGGCAGAGAUGGACACACAGGAGCGUACCCAGGUGAUUGUGCUAGUAAGAGAGUUUGUUGUUCCUGUUGCAACCUGGAGAGAAGAAGUGAACAGCAUGAGGUACUCCCAGGAGAGGAGCUAAUAUUCCGCGUGGCAUUUUGUGUGUGUGAGUGUGGCAGGAAGCAUAUGACCCUGUUGAAGAGUUGCACGUGUCUUAAGGGGCUCCCACCUUUCUCUGCCUCGGUUGCAUGCAGGGUUUGUCCCCCAGGCUCUGUGGUGAUGGUGAAAUGAAGCGUGAGGUUAAGUUGCCACUAUAUCCAGUAAUGACCAGGAGAUGGUGCUCAAGGUCUUGAGGAUUAGUGCUAAUGGCCAGGUACCUCUGCACCUUUGCUGGAGCUCCUCUUAUACUUCUCAGGCCUUCCCCAGCUCCUGGGCUGGCAGGAGAGCCUUUGAGCCACCACGAAGCUGAAGCACAACUCCAAGCCCAGGACAGGACACCUCCAAACCCUGGAUAUCGCUGCUUAAAGAAGAGCCAGAAACCGGGCCAUGGCCAACUGUGGAGAGAGGAAAAUACAUCUGUUACAGAGGUGAAGCAGUGAAAAAAACUGGGAUUCCUUUUGGCCAGGAGGAGAACAGGGGUGGAACUGCUGGAGAGCAUCUCAUGCCUGCCCGGACACAGGAGAGCAGUGCAUGGCACUUGGGAUAAUGACAGAACAGGCAAGUACGUCUUGAUGGUCUCAGAGCAGAUGUGCUGAGAGAUAAGGGGUGGAUUUUGUCCUACAGGCUGGUGGAGAUGGAAGCUGUUCCCCUUCUUCUGGCUCCCUGGGGCAUGGGAGCUGUGGAAAUCCUGCCUAGGCUGUGUGAGUGCUAUGGAGCAGGGGAUGGAUUGUCCAGGCAAUGCUUUGUAGAUGUCCAAGCCUUCAUCUGGGAGCCGGUAUCUUCAGGGAGUGUGAGGAUAAGCUGACCUCUCUUUGUUUCUAAAAACUUUGAAGGAAGAGCAAAUGUUUAGCAGGGUUUAGGGAGAAGGGGCCUUAUUUAUAGCCCUCUCAGAAGGCUGGGGGGAGCUUAGCUGGGGGAGAGCAUGCAAGUGAUCUUGGUUUUGAUCCAUUAGGUCCCUGUUGGGCAAGUGUCGGCACAGUUGAAGGGGGAUGGUGGGGAUCACACAUCAGGCACAGUUCAGGCUUACAUCUCCUGUUUAGGGCCAUCUCUCCUGCCUUUGUGCCCUGCAAGAGUCUGCAUGGACGUAUCCUCAGCAGAGUCCUGCCAGGAGGAUACACCCAGUGAGAGCUCUGCAGCUGUACAGAGACCAUCAAGGCAUCUCCUGUAUCAUUAUAAGAAGAUAAUAACUCAGAUCUCCCCAUUUCAGUUCCUUCUUGAUGGAUGAAAUAUGCACGUCAGAGCAAAUUGCAAUGUUGUCAACACCUCUGUCCUACCCAGAAGGAGGAUGCAUUUCCCAGGGCACAUCCUGGCCUGGUGUGCAAAAUGCUGAAGAUGCUGAUCACUAGUGAUUGCUUCUUAUGCUGCAUAUUCUUUUUUUUUUUUUUCAUCUGUAAAAAUAAAACAAGGAGAAUGAAA